AUGUCCGUCGAGGUCUCCGAGGGCGACAAGGCGGCGCUCGCGGAGAUGGUCGCCGCCGACGCCGCCUUCCUCGCCGAGCAAGGCGCGCUCGGCCCUGCUCCCCACCCCCCGGCACGAGGACUAGUGAACUCAACAGGCGCGCUCGACUACUCGCUGCUCGUCGGCAUCCACCGCGUCGAUGGCAGCGGCGGCCGGCUGGCGGCGCUGCUCGAGCAGGGCGGCGUUGCGUCGACGGACCGCCAGUGCGUCUACUUUUUCGGCAUAAUCGACGUGCUCGAGCGCCACUCGCUCCGCUGGAAGUACGCGGACCGCUUCUGCACCUUCAUCGCCUCGGAGGCGCGGAUCGAAGGCGAGCACGCGGACCACCUGCGGCGCAUCUCCGAGCUAGAGCAGUCGCUCGUCCGAGCGAGGCACGACGCCGCCGCCGCCAUCGCGCGCGCGACGGGGGCGGCCGAGCUGCCAAGGCCGCCCGAGGCGGAGCGUCCGCCCGAGGUUGCGCCGCCGUCGACGCCGCCGAGGAGGCUGGGGGCGGAAGGAGCAGGAUAG